GCACUGAAGUAAGAUGGAAUCAGUGAGGCUGGGCUAGGCUUGGGUGUGGUACACCCUGAAAAAUGCCACGGGAUAGUGUUUAAUGAAGCGCGAGUGGCCGGGACAGGCUGCGUGCUUUGCAGGUGAAUCACCCAAGUGGGAGGCAUUGGCGUGAGUAAUGUACUAGGUUUUUAUGGCAGCUUUACAGGCAUAACCAUAUUUCUAUUCUUGGUCUGGGAAUAAAGAUAUAUUGUAAAUAUUUCUGUCUCCGACAGAGGAAAACAGAAACACCAAGCAAGCUAAAUGAAUAAUUUUUGUGGCAUUCCUAACAAUGCAGGAAUGUGCCUUAGCCUUCCAUGUAAUGUUUCAUGUUACUUAGAGCUUUUUGGCUGUAUUUAUCUUUUCUAUUAGCAUCCAAAAUUUCACUCUCAAAAUGUUAAGGUUUUUUUUUUUUUUUAGGAUUACAUCAUUUAUGGUGUGCUAAUAAACUUAGGAAAUACAGUUUCUCUUUUGGACUAAGAGCAUUAUUUCAGCCGAACAGUUAAAUGUUUGAUAGAAAAACUGUAGUUUAAGGCAUACGCUGAAUGUAUUUCAAAAAUUCAUUCAUUAUCUAUAAAACACAUGUUUAAUGUAAUUAAUGAGCCCAAAUCACUAACACAGUAUCUCUGACUAGUCUGUUGUAUUCUGUCAAGUAUUAGAUCACUUAAAUUUAUGCCUUGCUGAAAAUAAGCCUUUGCCUCAGUUCUGAACAUUCACUGGGAAUUCGGAUGGGAUCCUUAAGGAGACAGUUCUCCUUAGCAACAAGAGGGCUAGUUUGAUAUAAUGGCUAAGGCAUCAGACUAGAAACCAGGAGAGCAUGAGUUCUAAUUCUGCUUUAGGCAUGAAAUCAGCUAGCUGAUCUUAAGCCAGUAUCUCUCUGUAUACCCUAGGAAGGAGGCCAUGGCAAACCACUUCCAAAGUAUGUUGCAGGGACCUAGUCCAAGCAAUUGCCAGGAGUCAAAAUUGACAUACAUAUUUCCAGAGAAACCUGGUAAUCUCCAGAAUCUGCUAGCACUGUAUGGGCAGGAAACAAGAAUAGGAAUUUCCAAAAGAGAAAAAGAAAAAACAAAGACAUUAUGUAAGAAUCUUUUCAUCCUAGAACAAUUUUGGUAACCUUUAGGCUAAACUGGAUUGGACUUGAGGUGAAUCCAAAUAACAUGUUUUAUAAUGAAAAUAGCAACCUUGGUUUCAGGCAAACAGUACUAGGGGUUUUUCUUCUCCCUGCCCUGGCCCUACUGAAACCUACACAUGCAGGCACACAUCCCCUAAAGUUGCUAUUUGCAUCUGGGGAAGUCUUAAUUGGCUUUGAUUGCUUUUAACUGUUGCCAUGGGAAACCCUUCCUGUGGGGGGAAAAAAAUAGAAAAAUUUCUGCUGACAUGUCAGAAGUACAAGAAUAUAUGCAGCCAUUUUGCUUGUAUUAAAGAAGGAUGGGACAAAUAGGGUUGAUGGGGAAUAGGGAUUGCUUGACAAAAGGCUUUUCUGGUGAACUCUUCCCCACAGCAUCAGAAUAUCUUGGAUUACUCCAAGAUAAAAGAGCUAUCUGUUCCCAGGGUCUGAGCUAUGCACGUAGGUUUGAUUUGUGUAAUGGGUUUGGGAAAAAUAUAUUCAAUAGGAGUGAACAAGACAAAUCCUUUUCUCCUAUGAUUCCUCUACGGAGCGGUGGGGUGUGGAGGAAGGAGGAAUGGGGAAUGCCGGCUUUGCUCCCCCGGUCACAGUGCUCCCUUUGCCCACAGCUCCUUAUAAGUGUGCUCCCUGCAGGAGAUUCGUGGGGGAUCCUUGCCUUCCUGUGUGCCACGCUUUGGAACCUGCCUGGGGUGCCUGCACUGAACCGCACGGACCAAGUGACCACCAGACAGUCCAUCCAGCAGAUGUACGACCUUACUCGCUAUCUGGAACACCAGCUGCACACGCUUGCGGCCAUUUAUCUCAACUACCUGGGGCCACCUUUCAAUGAGCCGGACUUUGAUCCUCCCCGGAUAAUUGGGGUAGAAGCUGUGCCAAGUGCCACCGUAGACAUUCAGGAGUGGCACAGCUUGAAUGACAAUGCCCGGCUAGCAGCUAAUUACCAGGCUUACAGCCACCUGCUCUGCUACCUGAGGACCAUGGAUGGCACGGCUCCAACUGCCUUGCCAAGUCUGCGCCACAGCCUAGCCCACUUUCGGGCAAGCCUGCAAGGGCUGCUGGGCUCGAUCGCAGGCAUCAUGGCUUCCCUGGGUUAUUCACUUCCAACUCCAGGGCCCCCUCUAGAGCUGACCCCACCCAGCCACUUCCUGCGCAAGAUGGAUGACUUCUGGCUGCUCAAAGAGCUACAGACCUGGCUGUGGCGCUCAGCCAAAGACUUCAACCGACUGCGUAAAAGGGUGCCUCCAUCCGCUGUUAUGCUGCAUCUGGAAACCAGAGGCUUUUGAUUCCUGCCGUCACCAUUGUCUCUGCCUUCACCUCAUUCAGUGACACCAUUCAGGCCUGCCACUCAAGGACUAGCACUUCUGAAAGACUCCAAAUCCACUGCCUUCUCCCAGCCCCUCCUCAAAAUUGCCCUCCUCCUCUUCUUCCUCCCUUGCUUUUUUGGUGCUGCAUUGUUCUCUGCUAUUAAGUUGUGCUCUGGGUGAGCAGGUACACAUCUAUACAGCCUGUUUCUUCGCAUCUCUUCCUCCACCACCUUGUAUAAAAUUAAUAUAUCCUCCUCCUCCUCCUCC